AUGGGAAACGAACAGAGCUCUCCCGAAAACACGGAUACUCCUGCCCAUGGGCAGGUUGAGACCGAAGGAACUCCUGGGGGCGCCCCCGUGAGUCAAACUCCAACCUCCGCGCACGAAGGCAGAAAGGAGCCAGGCGGGACAGAGAACAAGGAUGAAGGAGGAAUAGGGAAACCAGGAGACAACACGGAAAAUGCGCCAGCUGAGGCGGAGAAGAAAAAGGAGAAGGAAUCAGGACAGCCGGAAGCUCAACUGCAACCAGGAUAUUCGCGAUACCUCUCGGGUCUCGGCAACUUUUUCACAACCGAAGGCACGGAGGGGGUUUCCGCCUCGUCCGAGGUUGUGAACAACAUCGCGUCGUACAUGUCGCUUGAGGCGGUGAAAGGGGCAUUUACGGGCGAGAAUGAUUCGGAUGAGACAGAAACAACACCCCAUGGAACAGAAGAGACGACCACCGCCGGCACCCUUGUAACUGACGCAAAGGAGACUGACACAGCGAAUCAGGAAAGCGAUGGACCUGCCUUAACGACUUACCUCACGCAGGGUCUUCAGGGUGUCUCCGAUUUGUUUCGGUCAGUGACCCAGGAUAUCACUACUGUGGCAACUGACGGAGCGGAGCCCGCCGCAGAGGAGGCCCCAAUCCAGUCUACUGGAUCUAAGACAUUGGGCGAAUCUGCCCCAGAGGAGGCCCCAAUCCAGUCUACUGGAUCUAAGACAUUGGGCGAAUCUGCCCCAGAGGAGGCCCCAAUCCAGUCUACUGGAUCUAAGACAUUGGGCGAAUCUGCCCCAGAGGAGGCCCCAAUCCAGUCUACUGGAUCUAAGACAUUGGGCGAAUCUGCCCCAGAGGAGGCCCCAAUCCAGUCUACUGGAUCUAAGACAUUGGGCGAAUCUGCCCCAGAGGAGGCCCCAAUCCAGUCUACUGGAUCUAAGACAUUGGGCGAAUCUGCCCCAGAGGAGGCCCCAAUCCAGUCUACUGGAUCUAAGACAUUGGGCAAAUCCGCCAGCAAAAAGACCGAAGCUGCACUCCAGUCUCAUGGGUCGAAGACGUUGGAUGGCGUUGACGACUUGCUUCGUAAGGGAUCCUUUAGUUCGCGUGAUGCGGCACCGGUUGUAGAGAAACCGGCAGCUGCCAGCCAGGAGGUUGCUGGUGAAGCAGCCGCGACAGGAGCCACCCCUCUUGUCCGUGCAGCAUCAUCUGGCGACUCUGGAGCAUCUUCCUCCAGCACUCCUGUCGCUUAA